AUGUUUUUAAAAAGUACUUCGAGCGUUUUCUUCUUCUUCUUCUUCUUCUUCUUCUUCUUCUUCUUCUUCUUUCACUCUUCUGUUUCUUUUUCUUUCUUCUCCUCCUUUUAUUCCUCCUGUCCCUUUUCUUCCUCCUCCUCUUCUUCUUCAUCUUCUUCUUCUUCCUUCUCUUCUUUAACCCAUCUCUCAACCUCCUUUAUGCCCUCUCCUCUUUCUCUCUACAAACGAGUCAAACGCUUUACCCACACACACCCAGACGACACCCUACUUUCAACUCCAUUUCGUGUCAUGAAGCCGAUCAAGUCUGUCAUAGCUCAUGGUCCACAACUUGAGAAAUUAUUCUCUCUCUCUCUCGUUCUCUCUCUCACUCGUUCUCUUGAUAUAUAUCUAUCAUCUAUCUAUCUAUCUAUAUAUCUAUCUAUCUAUCUAUCUAUCUAUCUAUCUAUCUAUCUCUCUCUCUCUCUCUCUAUAUAUAUAUAUAUAUAUAUAUAUAUAUAUAUAUAUAUAUCGUUAUCUCUUACUCUUGUAUCGAUCGAUACACAGAAGCAUCUCCCUCUCUUUCGCUUCUUUUCUUUCUCUCCCCCUCUGUCUGUCUGUCUGUCUGUCUCUCUCUGUCUCUCCCUCUCAUUCACAUAUGCAUACACGAGCAAUGUGAACAGACUCAUAUGCGAGAAAGCAAUUAUCACUAAUCUAUCUAUCUAUCUAUCUAUCUAUCUAUCUAUCUAUCUAUCUAUCCCCUUUUAA